UUACACAUAUUUUGAAGUCACUUUUCUAGCCAGAUUUUGUACCAACCAUGGUUGUCGCAUGGUUCCUGGUCCUGUUUAGUGUGCAGUCAGUUAUAUCCGACGAAGAUGUAAGAGAUUUUAACGCGUCGCGUCUGUUUAGGCUAUUUAAAGAUCUAGCGCAAUACAGACCUAACGAUGUCAACGACCACGACGUCACGUUUUACUUAUUCACAAGACAAGAAUCCAACGUACCGAUACCUCUACAAGGAAAUACCACCAUUGACUUAAGCAAAAACAGCAAAUUAAUAAUACACGGCUGGAUUGACAACCACAAUAGGUCGUGGUAUCACCACUUAACAGACGCCUAUUUGACCCACGGUGAUUACAACGUCAUCCACGUGGACUGGGGGAGGGUUUCUAAGUCAUUUUAUGCAUCUUCAGCCGCUAACACUCAAAUCGUUGGCAGAUACGUGGCAACUUUCCUUCUAAAUCAUCAGUUUCCACCAAAAAAGGUCCACUUAAUCGGGCACUCGUUAGGUGCGCAUAUCGCAGGCUAUGCAGCCGAUAUAGUUGAAAAGAACCUAACCACCAAAAUUAGAAGAAUUUCGGCGUUAGAUCCGGCUGGACCGGGUUUCAGCAGCGUGGUUUUGGGGUUAGAAAAACCACUGGUUCGUGAAAACGCGGAAGUGGUGGAUGUGUACCACACUGAUGGUGGUUUUCUUGGGUUGUUCAUACCACUCGGAUCUUUCGAUGUUUAUAUCAACGGUGGCGUAAGAAUUCAGCCCGACUGUAGAUCAGCUCUUGGUAAUUUUACCGCUGGAUUAUUAUUUGAAGAACUUUAUUGUAGCCACACCAGAUCUUACGUUUAUUUCACGGAGAUUGUGGAUAGCACUAAAUUCACUUGUGCAAAGUGUGGUUCUUUGUUCCAGCAGAUGCUAGAUAGUUGUAAUUUAAACAAGAAGUACGUGUUUGGGGCUGAAGAUAUAGACGAAACGUAUACUGGUGUAUGUUUUGUGGACACAUCAAAAUAAUCAAUAAAUAUAACU